UGGAAGUAAAAGAUCUUCCGGCUUUUACACUGUUUUAAUGUGAUAGCAGCACUGGACUAAAAUGUUCCUGAUGCCAGCCUCUUCAGAUUUCUGUCAUGGGCAGAACUUCUUAACCCAGUGGAUGACCAAUCCUUCUCGGGCAGGGGUCAUAUUAAAUCGUGAAUUACCCAUUUUGGAAGCAGAUGAAGAGAAGCAUGCAGCUGGGAACCCUUCUGCCAGUUUUCCUGUCAAAGUCGCACAUUUUUCAAAUAGCUUCAGUUGUAUAAGUGAAGAGGAUUCACUUCAAGAGCAGAAAUUGGAUCCUCAUAGCCCUCACAGACUACUCUCAGAUAAAUCUGAAACACAUACUGUCUUGUCUUUAACUAAAAAGGGACCUCAGAUAGUGGGAUGUCAGGAUGCUCCUGGACACUGGGAAGUUAAUGGAAGUGACUUUAUCUCAGAAACUGAAAGUGACAGCAAAGAAAUGGCUUAUAAAGACCCUCUUUUUAAAAAGCUUGAACAGCUGAAAGAAAUACAACAGAAGAAGCAGGAGCAACUGAAGAGGCAACAGUUAGAGCAACUACAGAGGCUUAUGGAAGAACAAGAGAAGCUGCUUACAAUGGUGUCUGGGCAGCACACAUUGCCAGGUGUAACUCUUCUGCCUGAUAAUCAGAGCCCGAAGUAUAGAUCUCCAGGAAAUUCUGCCACCAUAGAGAAAACCACCCCUUUGUCAUCAUCUGUCUACCAGAAUCAAACACGAGGAAAAAUGUCCAAUUCCAAUUUUAUAUCUGAUGAACAAAACAACUUCAGUAGAAGUAUUCAUGAGGAUUUUGUUUCAAAUGUAAAGAAUAGUGCUUCUCCCAGUUUGUUUUAUGGGGCAAAAUACGAAGAAGCUCCCUUUAGAAAGAAAGAAGAAAAUUGUAAUGACUCUGGAGGGGAAGAAGGAGUUUUACCAUGUUGGGAGAAAGAGACAGAACAGUUUCGGGAAGGGAGUGAGGUGAACUUUAAAAAAAAAAAAGUUGCUGACUCCUCAGAAGUGGUUAAUAUUGAAGAAAGGCCAAUUAAAGCUGCUAUUAGAGAAAGGAAGCAGACAUUUGAAGACUAUUUAGAAGAACAAAUUCGGUUGGAUGAACAGGAAAUGAAACAAAAACAGCUAAGGGAGGCAGAAGGACCAUUGCUAAUCAAGGCAAAACCUAAACGGCCAUUUUUAAAACGAGGAGAAGGCUUAGCUAGAUUUACUAAUGCUAAGUCUAAACUUCAGAAAGGAAGAGAAGGCAUAGUAGAGAAUAACCAGAACAUUUCAGAGGAUCAACCUAUGUUUAAAGCAGACAGACAGCAGUGCCAACGAAAAACUGCUUGCCUCAGUAAAGAACUGAGUACAGAGAGUCCCAUUAUAAAGAGCAAUAAUCUUAGACCCAAGACUGGCUCUGUCCCACUCGGAAAGAAGCCAAAAGUAUUUAAGAAUAACAGGAAAAGCCUUUCUCCACCUGGAAUUAAAAUUCCAGUGGAAAAGAAAAGUGACGGACAGUUUAGAGACCAGAACAAAUCAGAAAAGAAACUUGGAUCGAAUAAUAAAGAAAAUGUACCUGAGUGUCUAAAGCCUUCUAAGAUUGCUGGCAAAGUAUGUAGUAAAACACAAAGGAAAGACAAACCACCUCUUCCGUUGGGGCCUGUCAGUGGCAAGACUUCUCCGAGUGAGACCGUGAGAUUAACAGAAUCUUCUCUGGACUUUUCCCUCCAGAAAAGGUUGGAGAAUUGGGAACAAGAAAAGGAAAGGGAAAAUUUAGAAUUAGACGAAUUUUUGUUUCUAGAACAAGCCGCUGAUGAAAUAUCAUUUUCUAGUAAUUCUUCUUUUGUACUGAAGAUCUUGGAGAGGGACCAGCAGCUGUGCCGCGGUCACCGGCUGUCUUCUACCCCUGUUCAAGCUAUGCAGCCGGAAAACAUGACACCAGACACCAUUGAUCAGUGCAUUCAGAACGAGCCUCUGGGUGGCCCUGAUUGUGAAAAUCGGGAGGAGUGUGAGGUUGCACCCAGACAAGAAGACCCCACGUUCCUCUCUAAUGGGCUAAGGGAACAGUCCUGUAAACCCAGUAGGAAAGCAUUUCAAAAGAGCAUGUGUGGGAAUCAGACUUCAUGGGGUGUGAGCAAUGAAGAAGGUGCAACAGACAGUGAUAGUAGCACUAAUUCUGAUGACCUGGAUGUCACCAUAACGCCCACCCCUGAGGAUAAAGAAAGAGCUUCCAGCUGCAGAAGAGAUAGCCCAGAGGUCUCUGACAGCGGGAGACCAUUCCAUGAAGUCAGGACUCAAAGAGUUGCUGAAAGGAGAGAGGGUGGUCUGGAUUUGUCUGAUAAGGAUUAUAGUAGUGAUGAGUCCAUCAUAACAGAAAACUUGGAAAAUACAGCUGUAGAUACCAGUAAAAUUGACUUUGAUGACGAAAGAUCUUGGACAGACUUGGAAGAAAAUUUGUUUAAGAAGGAUGUUGUUAUUCGCGGGAAUGAAGCCGGCUAUGGGACUCCCCAGGCAGUCUAUUCUGUGAAAGGUGAAAUUUGUGCACCAGAUAAAACAAUAAAAAGGAAGGUUGCCCCAGUGAAAAAGGGGGAAGAAACAAGCAAAUCCAGCAGGAAUUCAAGUCCUCCCACAUCAGAUCUGAUGAUUAAACUGUUCCCUGCUUUGAAACCAAAACCGAAAUCAGACGCACGCUUGGGAAGUGAAUCCAAGUUAAAUCAAAGUCAAGACCAACCAUCUGGUGACAGUGCUCGAUCUCAAGCUUUGAGAGAGAAAGUUACUGAAUUGGAAACAGAAAUAGAAAAAUUUAAAGCUGAGAACACAUCUUUAGUUAAACUUCGCAUGGAACAAGAAAGUUCUUUGGAAAAACUCAGGAAAGAAAUUGCAGACUUUGAACAACUUAAAACAAAAGAAUUGGCUCAAAUAGAAGAGUUUAAAAAGGAGGAAAUGAGGAAAUUACAAAAGGAACGUAAAGUUUUUGAGAAGUAUGCUACAGUUGCAAGAGCUUUUCCAGAUAAAAAGGAACGUGAAGAAAUACAGGCUCUGAAGCAACAAGUAGCAGAUUUACAGGAAGAUUUGAAAAGAAAGGAAGCAAAAUGGUCAAGUACACAUGGCCGUCUGAGGAGCCAGAUAGAGAUGUUGGUCCAAGAGAACACAGACCUCCGAGAAGAAAUCAAAGUGAUGGAAAGGUUAAGGCUUGAUGCUUGGAAGAGAGCUGAAGCCACCGAGAGCAGCACAAAGAACUCAUCAAUUAGAUUUCAAAACAAUCAGAUUUCUUCAGGAAUCCAGGCAGAAAAAUUCAAGAAAAAGUAUUUGCCAAAACAAGGUAGUCCAACUCGAAGAUCCAUAUCUGCUUCGUCACAUGAUAUAGGCAAUUCAGAUAAGGAACAAAUUACCUCACCCAAGGAGCUGCCUGACCCAGUGGACUUAAACUGCGAAUAUAAAGAGGAUGAUGAAAAAGAAGAAAUUCAGGAAGAAGUCAGUCAUCCUGAUGGAAAGAUUGAGAAGGUUUAUAAGAAUGGGUGUCAUGUCAUAGUGUUUCCAAAUGGAACACGAAAAGAAGUGAGCGCAGAUGGGAGGACAGUUACUGUCACUUUCUUCAAUGGUGAUGUGAAGCAGGUCAUGCCAGAUGACAGAGUGAUUUACUACUAUGCAGCUGCACAGACCACACACACUACCUAUCCAGAGGGGCUGGAAGUCCUGCAUUUCUCAAGUGGACAAGUUGAAAAGCACUUUCCAGAUGGGAGGAAAGAAAUCACAUUUCCUGACCAGACUGUCAAAAAUUUAUUUGCUGAUGGACAAGAGGAAAGCAUUUUUCCAGAUGGUACAAUUGUUCGAUUACAACGAGAUGGCAACAAAAUCAUCGAGUUUAAUAAUGGCCAAAGAGAACUCCAUACGACCCAGUUCAAGAGACGAGAAUAUCCCGAUGGCACUGUUAAAACUGUGUAUACAAAUGGUCAUCAAGAGACAAAGUACACAUCAGGUCGAAUCAGAGUUAAAGACAAGGACGGUAAUGUUAUAAUGGAUACAAAAUCAUAGUAGUCCUUAAGU